UUAUGCGAAAACAUGGCUGCGGCAGGUUUGGCCUUUCUUUGUAGGAGAGUCUCAGCUGCCCUGAAAGCUUCCAGGUCGUUAAUAAUUCCUCAGGUCCCUGCCUGCACAGGGUUUUUUCUUGGUUUGUUGCCUAAGAGUACACCAAAUGUGACAUCCUUUCACCAAUAUAGAUUAUUUCAUACUACAUUGUCAAGAAGAGGACUAGAAGAAUUUUUUGAUGACCCAAAAAACUGGGGGCAAGAAAAAGUAAAAUCUGGAGCAGCAUGGACCUGUCAGCAACUAAGGAACAAAAGUAAUGAAGAUUUACACAAACUGUCGUAUGUCUUACUGAAGGAAAGAAACAUGAUUUUAACCCUAGAGCAGGAGGCCAAGCGGCAGAGAUUGCCAAUGCCAAGUCCAGAGCAGUUAGAUAAGGUAGUAGAUUCCAUGGAUGCAUUAGAUAAAGUUGUCCAGGAAAGAGAAGAUGCCCUAAGGCUUCUUCAGACUGGUCAAGAAAGAGCUAGACCUGGUGCUUGGAGAAGAGACAUCUUUGGAAGAAUCAUCUGGCACAAGUUCAAGCAGUGGGUUAUACCUUGGCACCUAAAUAAAAGAUACAGUAGGAAACGAUUCUUGGUCAUGCCUUAUGUGGACCAUUUUCUCAGACUGGAAUGUGAGAAACGAGCCCGCAUCAAAGCACGGAAGGAAAAUUUAGAGAGAAAGAAAGCAAAAAUUCUUCUAAAAAAGUUUCCACAUUUUGCUGAAGCCCAGAAGUCAAGUCUUGUCUAAGAUGUCUGAACUCUUAAAUUUACCAUUUUGUUUUUCUUGAAUAGUCUGUGUACAAGAGUAAAUAUGUUAAGUGGUUUAUAAAAAAAAAAAAAAAAAAA